AUGGCAAUUAAACUAACUGAAAAUAGGGUAUUUGUUGCUGGUGGGAACACCCAGGCACGGUUGAGUAGUGACAGUUCUCGACUUUUCACUUUAAAUAAGAACGCAUUGGUGAAAGUUCUUAAUUUAACUGAUCUUGAGAAGGAACCUGAUAUCAUUGAUAUUUGUGAAGAACCAAGCGCAUUUGUUUUGAGUCAAAAUUCAGCUGAUGGUUUAUAUGUUGUUUCCCGCAAUGGCGACCUAUACUGGUACAAUGUACUGGAAAACAAGAACAAGUUAUGCUUUAGAUCCUCGUUACCAUUGCGUGAUUUGGCCUUAGUUCAUGAUGAUAAAGUAUGUGUUGUAGGUGGGGAUGAUUUAGAAAUGACAUUGGUUGCAUUAGAAGAGGGAAAUUCAAACGUUAAAUUAACUUUGGACGAACAACUGGUUAGUUUAUCAUACAACAAACAAAAUAACAUUCUAGCAGUAUCACUCAGUAACGGUAACGUUGUAUUCUACUCUUUAAGUUCUACUACACCCAAUAGAAUCCACACAUUGCAUGAUCAGCUACCUAAGAUAUUCUUCAAUGAUGAUCUACCAGCGGACACUGAGAAUAAUACUGAAAACGCCGAUUCAGUCGCUAUAGAUGGACUUGAUCCUAUGCUAUGCGAAGAUAACAGAACAUGCACUAGAGUUGCAUGGACCAAUAAAGGAGACCAAUAUGCAAUUCCAGCAAAAGAUAGUGUCAUUAAGUUAUUUAAAUUAUCAGAUCAUGAUUUGGUGACCUCGUUCAAGCCAAGUGUGCACGUUAACAACUGGGACGCACUUACAAUAGACCAAAUUCAUUCAAACACAAUCGCUGCAGUCGGUAAUUCCAACCAAAAUUCUCAUCUAUUUAUUUGGAAUUUAAGUACUGGUACACAGCUUGUUCACGAAAGCUUUAGGUAUAGUAUCACUUCUUUGUCUUGGAGAGUAAACGAUCAGAGAACCAAACUUAGCUUGGUAGCAGGUACUUGGUCGGGCGAUGUUAUCACGUUCAAUGACAUUGUUUCAGUAAAUACUACAGUUGCUUAUUCAAAUACCGGUGGUAAGCUUUUUGUUGGCUCUGAUGAUGAAAAGUUAUUUGACGAUAGUGACAUAGAUGAUUUAUCUAAACAAACAAGCAACGGUCCUGAGUUCUACGAGCCUUCCAAGAAUGAUAAUAACAGAAGAUCGAAAUAUGAAAACAACGACAAAGCUGAUGACAAAGGUGAGGUUAGUGAAGAUAUAAACUCUGACAACCUUUUCACAGAUGCAGAAAUGGAUCAACAUGAACCUAAGCGUACAUACAAUUUCGAGAAUGAAGAUGAUUUUAUUGAGGAUGAUAAUGGCGAGGCCGCACAAUAUAAGAGACCAAAAACUCAUGUUCAAUCAAUUCCUUCUUUGACAGCUAAUCAUGUAAAUCAUCGCAGAAUUUACCAACCACCAGCUCAAUUCCAAUACCGACCAUUUUCAACAGGCGCGACACCUUUCGGGAAUAGCGAUAAAAGAUACCUUACUAUAAACCAACUAGGUCAUGUAUGGACAACAAGAAAUGAAGGCGGUAGCAAUUCUAUAACGGUCUCUUUUUUCGAUGUUAGUCGAUUCCGUGAGUAUCAUUUCGACGAUUUAUUCAAAUAUGACCUUUGUUCACUGACCGAUGAAGGUAUACUAUUGGGCCAGUCGAAGAUGGGUCAAAUUCAAUACAAGCCACAUAGUCCCUCUGGAGAUUCAUGGACUAAAAAGAUUCCCUUACUUUCCAAAGAAAGAGUUACUUCAAUUGCCUGUACUCCUAAACGUGUAAUUGUAGGAACAUCUCUCGGAUAUCUUCGUACUUAUAACGAUUUUGGGUUACCACUGGCAAUAGAAAAAAUGUCACCUAUUGUUGCUUUGUCUGCUCAUGAGUACAAAGUGUUCACCAUUCAUUACUCACAAUAUCAUGGUAUUACUUACUCGAUGUUCCAACAACAUCCGCAAACUGGCAAUAAAUACUUCCAAAGAGAAUCUCCCUUACCAAUAACGUUGCCUCAACAGAAUCAGCCGGGAAAUGAUGAUGAAGACAUUGAAUUUUUAAAAUACGAUGAUAUUUUCAAUUCAUUCAACCCCCUAGGUAUCAAAUCCUUAUUCUUCUCAAGCUUUGGUGAUCCGUGUAUGUUUGGUCAUGAUAAUGUUUUGUUAAUUCUGUCCAAAUGGAGAAGUGGUAGUGACGCGAGAUGGGUACCCAUAGUUGAUACCAAUUUAGAACUUUGGAAGAUGUCAGGGGGUAAGCAUCCGAAGAACGUCCACGUUUGGCCAUUAGGAUUAAACUUCGAUACAUUUUCGUAUUUAUUAUUGAAGGGGAAGAACGCAUGGCCAGAUAUCCCAAUGACCGUUCCUACAGAAAUGGAAGUCAGAAUCCCAGUUGUAUCAAAAUCCGAGCUUCAAAAGACACAAGACGAUAAUCGUAACGACAGCAGCGAUGUGGAAGAUAUUGAUAACAGUAAUGGUGUCGAAAUUCCAAUGUACCUAGCAGCAGAAGAGGAAUUUCUACGCUCCAAGAUACUAAGUGAUUUACUAAAAGACACGAUGGAUAAUGAAGGUGAGAUAUACGGAAAUGAAACAGAUCUAUUACAGCAUCUGGUAGCAACACAUGAUAAGUCCUUACUACGACUUUUAGCUUAUGUCUGUUCCGAGCAAGAUGUUAACAAGGCCGUUUCAAUCGUCAACGAACUGAAGCAAGAUAAGGCCCUAUCUGCUGCAAGAAAAAUUGCAGAAAGAGCUGAACUACUUCCACUAGUAAGAAAAAUCAACACGAUUAUUGAGGCCAAAUUUGAGGCCGAUUUCAAUAAUAUAUGA